UAAAAAUACGAACUCUUUCCUCUUUUCUGGCACUGACAAAAAUUAAGCUCCCAACAGAAGGAAGGUCUCAUGGUAACAUAGGAUGCGUGGCAAAGGUUGAAAGUUGAAGUCCCAAUGGCUGCACCUCUCUGGCGCUACUAUUCUUACUUUUCAUGCAGGUUGCAAGGCAUCGCAAAACCAAAUUCCCAACUGACUGUGCCCGUAGUCGGAAUUGGAAGCAGUAAUAAAUUUUCCUCUGAGGCAUUGCAUCAAACAGUUUCAUUACACUCUCGGACUCACAACCAGUACCAUGCGCCUUUUGACUUCAACUUCAACUUGGAUGACCCAUCACUACCAGAGUUUCUAGAAUUGCUCAAAAAAAUUGCCCAUUCGUCUUCGCAAGCAGAGGGUUUCCAUUCAUCAAGUUUCCAAGUAAAUAGGGAUUUGAUAUGUUCCGCUAUUUGGGCAUUGAGGGAGGAAUGGAAACCUGCAUUCCUUGCCUUCAAAUGGAAUUGCCAUCUUAACGACGAGAAAGUUUGCAACUUGAUGAUCUGGGUAUCGGCAACUCAUGGAAAGUUUUCCACUGCUUGGUGCAUCAUUCGAGAUAUGCAUCAUUCGUCUCUCUCUACGCGUCAAGCUAUGCUUAUUAUGAUUGAUAGAUAUGCAUCUGUAAACAACACAGCCAAGGCUAUUCAAACAUUCAACUUUAUGGACACGUUCAGAUUGACUCCUGAUCAAGAAGCAUUUCAUGCACUUUUGGCUGCUCUUUGUAAAUAUGGAAACGUUGAAGAGGCCGAAGAGUUUAUGCUAGUGAAUAAGAAGCUCUUCCUACUUGAGACAAAGAGCUUUAACAUUAUUCUUAAUGGAUGGUGUAACAUAACAAAGGAUGUAUAUGAAGCAAAAAGAGUUUGGAGAGAAAUGUCAAAAUACUGUAUAACACCCGAUGGUACUUCGUAUAGCUACAUGAUUUCCUGCUUCUCAAAGGAAGGGAACCUCUUUGACUCUCUUAGACUCUAUGAUCAGAUGAAGAAAAGGGGAUGGACCCCUGGAAUAGAGGUAUACAAUUCGUUGGUAUAUGUUUUAAGUCGUGCCAAUUGCUUGAAGGAAGCUCUUAGGACUAUAGAUAAGUUGAAAGAACAAGGUUUGCAGCCUGAUUCUUCGACCUUCAAUUCCAUGAUACUCCCUCUUUGUGAAACUGGAAAACUAGCGGAGGCAAGGGUAGUAUUUAACACAAUGGUAGAAGAGAAUUUUAGUCCAACCACUGAAACCUACCAUGCAUUUUUUGAGGGAACAGAUUAUCAAGGAUCAUUGGAAUUUCUGAGUAGGAUGAAAGAUUCUGGUCUGGGUCCAAAUAAGGAUUCCUUUCUCAUAAUUCUGACAAAAUUCUUAAAGUUGAAACAACCUGUAAAUGCACUGAAAAUUUGGACUGAAAUGAAAGCAUAUGAUUUGGUCCCUAGUUGUGUGCAUUACAAAGUAAUGGUUGAAGGGCUUGUAAAUUGUAGGUGGUUCAUAAAGGCCAGAUAUUUUUAUGAGGAGAUGAUUUCAAAUGGAUGUUCAGCAGAUCCAAAGCUUAAUAAGCUCUUCCAGAAAGAAGUAACAGUUAGUGGUGAUAAAGGAAAACAGAAUGUUAGAAAUGCUAGUAGUAGUAAAAGUGUGAAAUAUUCUAUAAAAUGAUUAGAUGAAGCAGAAAAAUUAUUAAGACCAGUGAAGAGAGAGGACAUUCUGUAACUUGUAACAGAGAAGCAGAUGCUCCCCAUAUUUGCCAAAUUUCCUACUUUACUCGUCUUAAGUUAUCAAAUUCCAUAUACGAGCAUGUAGAACAUCUGUGUGUAUCUGUGUGUGUUUAUUUUAUACUCUGUUUCAAGAAAAUUAAUCCGUAGGUACAAUUCCCAACAUAGAAAUGCCAAUUUUCCAAGUCUCGUGAGGAGUUGCAAGUUUGCAUUCUAACUUUU